UGUACCUGCCGCUCUCGGUCAGUAGGGGGCGCUGUGGCGUGGCUGUCUGAACUCUCACAGAAGAAGAGGUCUGAGCGGCAGCCAUUGCCUGUGUGUGCUGUUUGAGGACGGAGUUCGGUGUCGAAGUGACAGAAUGGCGCUCCGGCGGCUCUUCCGGCUGUCCUCCCUGCUCGGCUCGGCGGUGAGGGUGACUUUGAGGAGGAACAUAGGCCUCUCCGCCGUGCUCCUCAACCGGGCCAAGGAGCUUGACCCUGUCCAGAAACUGUUCGUGGACAAAAUCCGCGAAUACAACGUCAAGAGCAAGAGUGCUGGUGGAGUAGUGGAUGCUGGACCCAGCUAUCAGAAGAACAUGACAGAAGAGAUCGCCAAACUGCAGAGGUUAUAUGGAGGUGGCGACCUCACAAAGUUCCCCGACUUCAAAUUCCCAGAACCCAAACUGGAUGAAGUGGCUAAGUGAGCGAUCCUCUGCUAAAAACUGCAUUUAUGUCUUGUCACCUUCUGAAUGAUGGAAGUAAAUAUUUAAUAAAUGACCUUGGUUUAAAAAAAUG